AUGCUAUCCAAAGAUGCUUGCAUAUCUAACUGUACACGACCUUUGAACCCUGACCCCGAGACCCGGUUGCUGGACAUUCUGACGUCACCAAACCUGACGCUCUCCGAACACCAGCGUCGCCUGAUCCUCUCCAUGGGCCAGGCCAUCCCUGAGAGUGACGUCAUCUUCGUGUCCGCCAGCUCCUCCAAUCACUACGACGAGAUGCAGGACAUGUUCUAUAGCCUGCACCAGACGGUGUAUCCUCGUGUCAACAAUUUCACCGUUGUUCUCUUCGACAUUGGUUUAACAGAGGAGCAGAGGAUCAUAGUGAAAAAACACUGCCGGUGUCAAGUUGUGAAUUUUCCCUUUGAACAUUUUCCAGCGCACGUCAAGGAAAAUUUUUGUUACGCUUGGAAACCUCUGCUGAUACGGGCUACUAUAGAAAAGGCAAGAAGACUUCUGGUUUACCAAGACGCAUCCGUCAGAUGGUCUGACCGCAUCCAACAGGUUCUGGACAGGACGUGGGACAUUGGCAUCCAAUACUUCCGGUCAGAUGACAUGGCUAGGAUACCCCUGCAUACCCUGAUACAGUUCGACUACUUUGGAGAGGAGCCUUGUGCCUUCAACCUAUUCCCAGAGUUACCUGCAACCCUCUCCAUGUACAGGAAGGAUAUCUUUAACAUCCGAGCUAUUCUGGAACCGUGGGCCAGGUGUGCCAUCGAGCCGGAGUGCGUGUGUCCGGUCAACCCCUACAAGGUGAUCGGGUGUCAUGGUGAGCACAAAGAUCACAGAUGUCAUAGGUUCGAUCAGUCAGCAAUAGGAAUGAUAACUGCGAAAAUAUUCGGUCCUGAUUUAUACCGAGUGCUUGCCCCUGAGCAUGAUCAGUUUGUCGGUGUUUAUCGUGAUUCGAAAAGGCCAAACUACUUUAACUCAACACAAAGUUAAACACCUUUUAUUUUUUUACCUAAGUGUGUUUUAUAUUAUGUAUGUUUUAGAACUUAAGGCCAGAAACUACUUUUGAAAUUAAAAAGAAAGAAUCAGAGUGUUUCAUUAAUCCAAUUACAUUUUUUCUUUCGAACAUAAAAUUUAGUUAAAUCUGGCCUAGGAGCAAUGGUAACUAUGUACGAAGUAUAAGCAUAAAAAUAUUUUAAAACCUCUAUAACAUUAAACAAAAGUAGAUGGCGUUAUGCAUAAUAACUUUAAGUCUUGUUUCAAUGCACUAGGAGGUUAAUUUUGAAGUUUGCGUAGACAUAAAAUGUUUUGGAAAACGUGAAAUAAAGUUAAAAAGAGCAUUGUAAGUUAGCUCUUACAGAAAACAAUAAAUUAUAAUACACAGAAGAGCCCUUUUUAUGGUAUUUUUUUUUAGUUC